CCAAAAUCACACUUCACCGUACUUAUACACUCACCCACCCCCAAUUCCGUCGCAACCCAUCUUCAACGGCGAUCUCCUCCGUCGUCUAAUUAGGGUUUCAGAUUUUCCGAUCAUGGAUCAAUCCUUCCUAAUCAUGCUCUCCAACCUCCUCCACCUCCAAAACCAACUCGACCCCACCACCUCCCUCCUCUCCGACUCCCCCACCACCUCCUCCACCCCUUCCUCCCUCUUAACCUCCACCUCCGCUGCCCCCCUCCUCUUCUUCACCAUCGCCUCCGUCCUCUCCUUCAUCUCCACCUCCCGCAAACCCAAACCCCCCUCCCCUCCCCCUUCCCCUUCCUCCACCUCCCCCUACUCCAUCUCCGCCUUCCGCGCCCUCUCCACCGAACGCAUCUGGGCCAUGGAAGCCCCUUUACGCGACGCCCAAUGGCGCUCCCUUUACGGCCUCUCCUACCCCGUCUUCACCACCGUUGUUGAUAAACUCAAACCCUACAUCGCCCAGUCUAACCUCUCCUUACCCUCCGAUUACGCCGUUGCCAUGGUUCUUUCCAGAUUAUCCCUCGGUCUGUCAGCGAAAACUGUUGCCAAAAGGUACUCGUUAGAACCUUAUUUGGUUUCCAAGAUUACUAAUAUGGUCACUAGGCUGUUGGCUACUAAGUUGUACCCUGAGUUUAUUAAGAUACCCGCUGGACGACGUCGUUUGCACGAGACGACAGCGGCCUUCGCCGAGAUUACGAAUUUACCGAAUAUUUGCGGGGCGAUUGACAACACUCAUGUUCGGCUUCAUAGCCUUCCGAGCGAUGUGCCGAAUAAGAAUAUUUACACGAAUGUGUACGGGUUUAAGUCGAUACAACUUCAGGUGGUGGCGGAUCAUAAGAAGAUAUUCUGGGAUGUGUGUGUAAAAGCGCCCGGGGCGGUGGAUGACGCGACGCAUUUUCGUGAUAGUUUGUUGUAUAACCGGUUGGUGUCGGGGGAUAUUGUGUGGGAGAAGGUGGUGAAUGUGAAGGGGCAUCCGGUGCGGCCGUAUGUUGUCGGGGAUUGGUGUUAUCCGUUGUUGUCGUUUUUGUUGACGCCGUUUUCGUGGAACAGGACCGGGAAUCCGGCGCAGAACACGUUUGAUGAAGGGUUGAUGAAAGGACGGAGGGUGGUGGAGGAGGCGAUCGGGUUGUUGAAGGGGAGGUGGAGGAUUUUGCAGGAUGUGAAUGUGGGGUUGAAUCAUGCGCCGCAGACGAUUGUGGCGUGUUGUGUGUUGCAUAAUUUGUGUCAGAUUGCGAGGGAGCCGGAGCCCGAGAUGUGGAAGGAGCCGGAGGAGAGUGGGCCGGUGGCUCGAGUAUUGGAGAGUGAGAAGAGCUAUUAUUAUUUUGGUGAGAGUUUGAGGCAGGUGUUGGCUGAUGAUCUUUAUCAGAGACUUUCGUCGAGAUGAGGUUUGGUGGUUGUUCUUUAAGGUUGUUUUUAUUGUGUUUAGUUUUUACUGCCAUUGUUGUAACUUUGUUUUUAGGAUGAUGAUUAAACCUUUUGGUAAUAACUAGUUUGUGUAAACUGGUUGGUAUGUAAUCUGUAGUUAAAGCUAACUCAAUUUCAACGUUAGAUUAUCGUCUGAAUGUUUUGAAGAUUAUGUUUUACAGUGAUAUGAUGUUUCAUGGUUGA